GAGGAAGGAGGUCCUUUGAUAUCUGGGAAGGGGAGAUCUAGGGCUCUUGGGUGUUUUUCAGGAGAGGGUGACCAGUAACUAAAUGCCCGUGGAGAGGCCACUUCUGAAGAGUUGAAGACCACCAGGGUCUCCACAUUAAAGGGCCUGGCCAUGGGAAGAACAGUGAUAGGCCCAAAUUUGCAGACUGAUAAAGAGUAGUGGAGGUCGAAGACUACUAAAGACCCAGGAACUUCAUGUGGAAUUUCAGCUUUGCUUCAUUCCAGUUUCAUUUAUUUAGUGGACAUUUAUCCUUCCUGGACUAGGCUUUGGGAUUACAACCCAGAACCAACAAGCAAGAACUUUUCCCUCUCCAAAAUUUCGGUCGGAAGGGAAAGAAACAUUGACUAAUGAGUUUUAAGAGUGACAAAUAUUACCACAAGGAAGUACAAGAUGAAGUUAUACGGAAGCGUCUCCUCAUUGAUGGAGAUGGUGCUGGAGAUGAUCGGAGAAUUAAUCUACUAGUGAAGAGUUUCAUUAAAUGGUGCAACUCUGGGUCCCAGGAAGAGGGAUAUAGCCAGUACCAACGUAUGCUGAGCACGCUGUCUCAAUGUGAAUUUUCAAUGGGCAAAACUUUACUAGUAUAUGAUAUGAAUCUCAGAGAAAUGGAAAAUUAUGAAAAAAUUUACAAGGAAAUAGAAUGUAGCAUAGCUGGAGCACAUGAAAAAAUUGCUGAGUGCAAAAAGCAAAUUCUUCAAGCAAAACGAAUACGAAAAAAUCGCCAAGAAUAUGAUGCUUUGGCAAAAGUGAUUCAACACCAUCCAGACAGGCAUGAGACAUUAAAGGAACUAGAGGCUCUGGGAAAAGAAUUAGAGCAUCUUUCACACAUUAAAGAAAGUGUUGAAGAUAAGCUGGAAUUGAGACGGAAACAGUUUCACGUUCUUCUUAGUACCAUCCAUGAACUUCAGCAAACAUUGGAAAAUGAUGAAAAACUCUCAGAGGUAGAAGAAGCUCAGGAAGCAAGCAUGGAAACAGAUCCUAAGCCAUAGACAGGCUAAUCGCCCACCACUCCCAGGAAUAUUGAAAUAGCUACGUGACCAUAAUGUGUUUAAAAUGUGAUGUGCUCUUGAGAUAUUUAAAGUUUUGGCAGUAAAAUACUCUGUUUUUAAAUAUGAAUGUGUAUUUCAUUCAUAUUUCCUCACACAAAGGAAAAUGACUUCAGUAUAGAUUUGUUUUUAUUAAAAUGCAUUUUUUUAUUCUUAAGUGGUAGGAAGCAACAUCCAAAAAUGCUUAAUAAAAUGGUUUUAAGCUG